AUAAGUUGUUAAGCAAUGUAGAAUAAAAUAAUAAUUUUUAUAAGCAAAAUUGCACCUAAAAAAUCUGUUCUGGCAGGCACCAGGCUGAAGUGUUACUGGAUUAUGACAAGCGAAAUUUUGUCGACCAUAAGGAGAUAACAAAAACAUCGGGGAAGUAUUACCGCUAAAAUAGGCUUAUUAUGCAGUACCGGCAUAUCGGCACAUGAGAAGGCCGAGGAGCCGGACCAAAAGCAAAUUCAGCUACAAGAUAGAGUCAUAAGUUUCGCUUUCGUUUUUUAGAGGUCAGGGCAAAUCCUUGCAAUUCUGCAACAGACUGCAGGAGUUGUAUCCGUGCUGGAAGUCAAUGUGUUUGGUGUUUGGAAGCUAAUUUUACACUUGGUGUUACCUCACAAUCACAACAGCCUCGAUCACGAUGUGAUUUUGCAGAAAAAUUUGAUGGAGUGUGUAGUAAUACCACUGUUGGUAUAAAGACUGCUGCACCAAAAGCAAACGAGGAAAAGGAUUUCGAUGAAUCUGUUCAAAUUAAACCACAAAAAGUGUCACUUGAACUAAGAACAGGACAGCCUACUAGUUUUAAAGUUAGUGUAAAACCGGCACCAAACUUUCCAGUAGACCUUUAUUUUUUGAUGGAUGUGUCUGCUUCCUUAAAAGAUGAUUUGGCGAAAUUACAAACACUUGGAGCAAAGAUAGCCACUGAGAUAAAAGAAAUAACAACGAAUUAUAGAUUUGCGUUUGGUUCAUUUUGCGACAAGACAGUAAUUCCCUACAUUCAACCACUUUAUCACGAUAGCCUGUUUCCUUGCUCGCAUGACACUCUUCGUAAUACAAAUUGCAGACCAACCUUUGGUUACAUUCACUUCUUUGACUUUAGCAACGACACAAAAGCUUUCGAGAAUGUGGUUGCAGCUCAAAAUAUUACAGGUGAUCUUGAUAGCCCUGAAGGAGGUUUUGAUGGUUUGAUGCAGACUGCAGUUUGUGGAGAGGUGCUCAAAUGGCAAGAAAAAGAAAAAGCAAGAAGGAUUGUUAUAUUUGUAACUGAUCAUUUUCCUAAGAUAGCGGGUGACGCUAAGCUGGCAGGAGUUAUCACACCCAACGAUGGUCUUUGCCAUAUGAAAUCUGUAUCUGUGAAUAGUACCGAAAAGACGUAUAGUGCAUCAGAAACAAUGGAUUAUCCCUCUCUAUACCAUUUAAAAAAAAUGAUGCAGGAAAAUAAUGUUGUUCCAAUUCUUGCGAUUGGGAAGAGAGCAAUUACUGUGUAUGAGGCAAUUGCAAAUGAGUGGAAAGACCUUGGCGCAGCAAUUGGUGAGUUGACCAGCGACUCGUCCAAUAUUGUUGAACUGGUGAAAGAAAAUUAUGCAAAAAUUUCGUCUACAGCCAGACUUGUAGAUACAUCUCCAGACUACUUUAAAGUCACUUACCAGGUCAAUGGAAGUAGUUGUCCGAGCGCUGACAAUUUAAAACCGAACGAAUGUUCUGAUGUCAAGAUAGGACAGCAGGUUGAUUUUAAUGUCAAUGUGGAGCUUUUGUCGUGUCCACCAGAUGUAUCUAAAGCACCAAAGAGUUUUUCAAUUCGUAUUGCUGGUUUCGGUGAAGUUGUUGUGCCUGUGAAGUACUUAUGUGACUGCGAUUGUAGCAUCAACAAUGUGAAGAACAGCCCACAAUGUAACGGUGCGGGUACUUUUGAGUGUGGUAUAUGCAAAUGCAAUGAAGGGAACUAUGGUCCCACCUGCCAGUGUGAUAUAACAACGGAGCAGCAGGUAAACAACACAAACGCUUGCAUUGGAAAUGACAAUACAACAACUUGUAGUGACCAAGGAAAUUGUGUUUGUGGAAAGUGUGAGUGUUUCAAACAAACGAAUCCUACUAACGUUAUAUCUGGUCCAUUUUGUGAAUGUAAAAAUUUCGGCUGUCCGAAAUUUUUGGGACAGGAAUGUGGCGGUGUUCGUGGAAAUUGCCAGUGUGGUACAUGUGUUUGCAACGAAGGAUACAAAGGUGAUAAUUGUAAUGAAAUUGACUGUGUAGGCAUCACGAGGUCAAAAUGCACCAAUGACGGGAAAGUUUGCAAUAACCAGGGUAGAUGUGAUUGUCCAUUACAAGGCUGUGUAUGCAACAGCACCCAUGAAGGGAAGUAUUGCCAGACGUGUGUGAGUGGCAAAUGUCAGUGUGACCAAAUUAAGGACUGUGUAUUGUGUCAGGCCUUCGACCAGAAAAACGACAAAUGUGCCACAUGUGAGAAGUUAACUAUUGAGAAAGUUGACUUCAUCAACGAAACAAAAAUAGGCAAAGAUAAUGUUUGUGGGACGUCCUUGGCGAACUGUGUGGUGAAUUUUCACUUUGCUGGUAAUGCUAAAAAUAAAACCAUUGUUGUUCAAAAGACUCCAGUAUGUACAGCCAAGAGUUCGAGCGAUGAUGAUCCUGACAUACUUGUUAUUAUCCUCGCAAUCAUUGGUGCUAUUUUGUUGCUAGGAAUACUCGCCUUGUUGUUAUGGAAAUUAAUAACAUCAAUUCACGAUCGACGAGAUUAUGAGAAAUUUGUGAAGUCUAAGAGCAAAGGUGUAUGGGAAAAGGGUGAUAAUCCGUUGUACCGGGAGCCGAAUCAGCAGUUCGUUAACCCAGCCUUUGGAGGACAGUAAUACUUUGGAUGAAAAAACAUGAACAGUAGUGAAAAACUGAAAACGAUAAUUUAAUUAAAUUUGACAAAAUAUGGAUAGUAAAUGUCGAACUCAAAGAAAGAGCUUCCUGGAAUUGGAUUGGUUUGUUUAUAUAGAUCUUCUUUUAGAUACAAUGCAACUCUUUGUUUUCUUAGUUUUGUAUCCUCGUACCCAGGGAUUGUUAGGUCUUUUAUACUUAUGGCGUGCGUUCUCACUUCUUACUCGAUAAGUCGCGGAUAAAUCACUCGUCCGAUUUAAUUAUGCAGAGUGGUACAUUCACACAAAUUCGCCAUAUAACCGGCCAGGAUCUAGUCCAGAUUCCUCCUAAAUGUAAAAAAAAUUACCAAUCCCCGGGUACAAAGUUGUUAAUUUUGGUAUAUUUAAGCUAUAAUUAUAAAUUUUAGUUGACAUGGUUUUUAAUUUAUAUAAAUUUUUCUGCAGUUCGGGUUAAUUGUUGGAUAGCUCGUACGACGACGUCAAAUACUGACAACAUUACUUUCCAUCAUUACCUUUUUGACGGCACGGCAAAAGAUCAAUUUCAGUUGUGCACAACAUCUUCCUUGCUUUCUCACCUUCCCACUCUAAAGGAACGGAAAUGAAAAGUUUUUUAACACUAUUUAAGUAAAGUCUACUCAAAAAAAAAGAAAUCAGGUGAUUAAUCUGCAGAAAUCUAAAUCUAACAACCUGUCUUUGGAGGUAGUUAUGAACUUUCCUGGAACGAGGUUAUUCUGAGAAGUAAAUUUGUGGUGGUUUUUGCAGAGGAUUUCUUGUAUAAGUUGUUUAUUGUAAUAUAUCAAUUGAUUUAA